GAGUUUGGGAACACGCUCAUUAUCGUUGCAGCACAGACGGGGUCCAAGAAGAUGUGCAAGAUCCUGUUGAGGAGAGGAGCGGACCUCAAUGCGCAGAACUGGCGGGGCCAAACAGCGCUGCAUUUCUGCUUCCAAUACAGAUACGAAGACCUCGGGAACUAUCUCCGUGAGAAAGGAGCGAAUGAUGGAAUCUUGAAUCACUACGGUCUGUCUUGCUAUCAGGGUUUGGAGCCCAAGUAA